AAGAGGGGCGCAAGUUUCGAAAAUAUGGCGUAGAUAUCUCGUUUCUGUUAUUGUUGUGGAUUAUUAUUGAUUUGCACACUGCUGGAGGCCUUGUCAAACUUGUUUAUGCAGAACCCAUUUGUUUCAUGAGAGCGUUAUUCACGACCAUUAUUAUUAAUGACUUGAAUUCAAUAUUUUGCCAAUGGAUGUCGACACAGAAGCAUCUUUGCCAUGCGUGACUUCGCGUGAUCAUCGUUUCGCUUCUGCUAAAAGGCCGAGAACAGAUGAAACAAGUCAACAUCAUUGUCCCGCAAACUCACGCGAUGGUUUUCGCCAACACGAAAGCGAGAAUGGCUUGUUCUCGAAGAGAUCUGACGCAUCACAAAUGCCUGCUGGGUCUUCUUGGCCGGGCUGUCGUAGAUUUUUGACAAUCCACGCUGGUUGUUCAAUUUUUGAGUCCGAAGAUUGUCGACCUAAAGGUGAAACCCUGUACACGCCUUUGCGGGAAGAUGUCAUCAUUAACACAAGAAAUAUUGAGCAGUUUACUUUUGCAAAUGGUUCUUUCUUUAUUGGCGACGAGUCAUCAAGAUUCAGGAAGACUGUUCAAGGUAAGCUAUAUAGCUACUAUUAAUGGCAAGAGAAGUGGCGCACGAUCGGACAAAACGGCCUUAAAAUCUUUCCUAGAUCACUCCCGCGAACACGCCUUCGCCCCACCCCAGCAUGUUUUUGGAAGAUUUUAACACUUGCACCAAGAAUAAGAUUUUUAAAGAAAUUAGUGGACAAGUAGAUUAUGUAAUGCAUAUUUCCUUUAAAAACAGUUCAUUGAUUUUGAUAAUAAUUUUAGAUACCGAAUGGGGUAUGUGAUCAUAGCAGUGGAAUGUCAGCUACUGUACCAAUAAUAUUAUUGUGUAUUGUGUAAUUACUGUUUUGUAUGUGUGCGUCUAGAUCUACAUCUUUGUCUACUGUGUAUUCCAAAUGUUAUGCUUUGAAGCAUAAUAUAAUUAGUAAUAAUGAUAAUUUAUUGUUUGAUUAUAUAACAUUUAUUAUUCACUGAAGUGGAGGUUGUUAGUGGUGGAUAUUUAGUUCUUCAAAAGGAGUUGUGGAUUCUUUUUUUCAACUAAAUAAAGUAACAUAAGACUUAAGCUUAAUUUGUAUUGGUAAACAAAAAACUUUUUCAUGGGUUUUAUCGAAAAUUCAAGUCAAAAAGACAAAGCUUUACCUGUUAAAACUUCCAAACCGAACUUCGUCACCUUCUUUGUGUAUUUCAGAAACAGCUUGCUUGAUUAGUAGUGAAAUUUCUUUGUUUGUUAUGGCAGUAAACCGGGAAGGCAUUUUGCUCACAACUUACGCGAGUUUGGCAUUGCUCGCUAGGAGGCACUGGAGGUGAAUCAGUGAAUAGGGCAGGAUAUUCACUAAUUGAGUACCCAAUCAGAGCAUGCGAAAAACACUAUCCACUGUUUUAGUAUAUACUAAAUAAUUAUAUAUAUUUUUGUUUAUUGUUAGGUGUCUCCUUGAAUAUGUGGAGAUUUGACAGUCAGACAAAAAAGCUUUACAUUUCGAGAUCAUUUGUGUUCUCAAAUCCACAGGUUAGUUAUACAAUCAUGUAAUGGAAGGUAACAGUACUUGUACUAGUGGAUAUAACCAAGACACUCACAAAAACUGUUAAAUAUAAAUAGACCCUUAGGCAUAGAUACAUUACUGCGCUUUUCAGAAACAUGGGAAUUCUGAAGUUCAAAAGCCAACUGACAAUUGCGUUUUUUUUUUUUUGUGUUUUUUGUAACAAACCUCUUAGGAAACAAAACUUUACUUUAACGGGUUCAAAAGGUCAUGGUUUGUGAUUUGGGAUUGGAGGAUUUCGAUCCGUUUUGUGUGUUUCUGUGUUUCAAGGUUCGUUGCUUGUGAUGGUAAUUUUGAUUGAUGGCAGCGAAAAACGCAAUAAUAUUGUGAAGGCGGCUUUUGAACUUUAGAGUUCGCAUGUUUGUGAAAAGCGCAGUAAAAUAUUAUUUCUCAAAAUUUAUACUCGACACUGAGGUUAAGGGUGAUAAAAUAAAAGAAAUUCCCUUAAGCGAGUGAAUAAUGAAGUCAUGUCUCUUUUGUUCUAUUCAGGGAGGCUCUACCCCAAUGUGUAAGCCCGUUACCCUUUUAUAUACCAUUUUUAUAGGCACCUCUUUCAUGUGCCUUCUAUUGAUAAUGGUGACCCUUUCAAAUAACUAGUUUAGAAUGCUGCACCCUUUUUAACUAUUGUAAAUGUAGUGCCUUUUAAAUAUGAAUAAAUCACUUAACCUGGAAAUAACAAGUUGACGUCUUCACAACCAUCUGCAUCCUCGGAGACCCAGGGGCAGUCAGUCAGUUUUCAAGCUUGAAAACUUUCGUCGCGCCUUUUCUCCCGGCCCGACUGACUGCCCCUGGGUCUCCGAGGAUGAGCCAUCUGCAUCUGUCAGCCCUUUUUGGGUCCUUUUACAGACUUAAAUGACAGAGACUUUCCGACCCUUUCAUAUACUUCAAUGAGUGAAAUACUUACCCUUUUAUCUGGAUAUUCCUGUGGCCUAAAAAAAGGUACCCCUUUAGGGCAGAGCUCCCCUAUAUAGGCCAUUAAAGGGAGUACGUUCCCCCAAGGGAACAUCUUUUGUUGGUAUUCUUGUAGCCACACUUUGUUCUAGGGGUAACUAUUGGGAAAUUUUAACUAUUGCAAUUGUCAUGUAUUGCAAUAGGCCCCAUGGAUAUUGCAAUAGCAUUGGGAUAGUGGAGGUACUAUUGCAAUAGUGGUGCCAUAGUUUUCGCGAAUAUCUGUUUUUACUUAAUGCCUUAUACGUAAAGAAAUAACUAAGAAGUGGUGGUCAUACUGCUCCAGUGUUCUCCCCAGGUAUUUCAGGCCAGGCAGGCCUCCUGGCUUGAUUCAUUGAAAAAUCGUUGCCGCCUGGCUUAAAACUGAAGAAACCUUAUGCAGUUAAACAUCUAGAACUGGGAUCCUGUCCAUAAGUAAAGAAAAAAUACUCAAUGAAGAUACUGUUCAACAUUGCCUAGUGUUUUUUCAUUGCACUUUUUCACACUCCAUGAAACCUGCCACAAUAUCGUCCGCUUUUUUCAUUGAAUGGCACGGUUAGCCAUAAAUUCAAGGACACUUUAAGGGAUAUUACAUGAAAUACUAAACUAAAUUCCCACGUGCGUGGAAGGUUGUCCAAAAAUAACUGCGGAAUAGACUAAGCAACAAGAUCUUGAAUAGAUUAGGAUUUUUUCAGAAUGCCCCCUGGCCUUCCCAAGAUCCUGGGGAGAACACUGAUACAAUACAGGUACAAUGCAGUUCAAGAAUCAAGACUCUAAAACAUUCUACGACGGUAGAUUUUUUUCAGGUUCUGUUUUACUGUUAUUGUGACCUUGAGAAUUAAAGAUGGGUAAAAAAGGGUGCCUUUAUUAUCCAAAGAAAUCAAAACGUUAGUAGCGUAGAAACUAUCGAAACUAUUGAUAGCUUGGUACAUAAUGAUUGUUAUCGAUGUUUCAUUUUUGCCAUCGCAGCGUUAAUAUCGCGAUUAAUUGAUUGUUACAGCCUUACUUUGUUCACCAUUACUUUUUUACUAAUGUAUUAGUUAUUUGUUUUUUUUUUUCUUCCAGGAAGCUCAAGGAAUUAAGAGAAUUUUGGAGUCUAUGUAAAACUGGAUAGACACUAUUUAAUUCUAACCAGUAGGAUGCACAUAGUUAUAAAACUAUUGAAUAAUGUUGUAAACAAAUAUUUUUGGACACCAGUGGUGUAUUUUUCUAUUUUGAGUAUGAAUGAAGGCCUAAUUGCAUUUUCNAUUCAUUGAAAAAUCGUUGCCGCCUGGCUUAAAACUGAAGAAACCUUAUGCAGUUAAACAUCUAGAACUGGGAUCCUGUCCAUAAGUAAAGAAAAAAUACUCAAUGAAGAUACUGUUCAACAUUGCCUAGUGUUUUUUCAUUGCACUUUUUCACACUCCAUGAAACCUGCCACAAUAUCGUCCGCUUUUUUCAUUGAAUGGCACGGUUAGCCAUAAAUUCAAGGACACUUUAAGGGAUAUUACAUGAAAUACUAAACUAAAUUCCCACGUGCGUGGAAGGUUGUCCAAAAAUAACUGCGGAAUAGACUAAGCAACAAGAUCUUGAAUAGAUUAGGAUUUUUUCAGAAUGCCCCCUGGCCUUCCCAAGAUCCUGGGGAGAACACUGAUACAAUACAGGUACUAUGCAGUUCAAGAAUCAAGACUCUAAAACAUUCUACGACGGUAGAUUUUUUUCAGGUUCUGUUUUACUGUUAUUGUGACCUUGAGAAUUAAAGAUGGGUAAAAAAGGGUGCCUUUAUUAUCCAAAGAAAUCAAAACGUUAGUAGCGUAGAAACUAUCGAAACUAUUGAUAGCUUGGUACAUAAUGAUUGUUAUCGAUGUUUCAUUUUUGCCAUCGCAGCGUUAAUAUCGCGAUUAAUUGAUUGUUACAGCCUUACUUUGUUCACCAUUACUUUUUUACUAAUGUAUUAGUUAUUUGUUUUUUUUUUCUUCCAGGAAGCUCAAGGAAUUAAGAGAAUUUUGGAGUCUAUGUAA